AUGACUGAAACCCGUGAAGACCACGUUUACCUCGCUAAACUCGCUGAGCAAGCUGAGCGUUAUGAAGAAAUGGUCGAAUCUAUGAAGAAGGUGGCCUCCUCUGAUCAAGAACUCACCGUUGAAGAACGUAACUUGCUCUCUGUCGCUUACAAGAACGUCAUCGGUGCUCGUAGAGCUUCUUGGAGAAUCGUAUCCUCUAUUGAGCAAAAGGAGGAGUCUAAGGGCAACGAUUCUCAAGUUCACAUGAUUAAGUCUUACAGAGAGAAGAUUGAGCUUGAAUUGGCUAAGAUAUGUGAAGACAUUCUCGACGUUCUCGAUGGCCACCUCAUUCCUUCUGCUGCGUCCGGUGAAUCAAAGGUCUUCUACCACAAGAUGAAGGGUGACUACCACCGUUACCUCGCUGAAUUCGCUACCGGUGAUCGUAGAAAGGGAUCAGCUGAAGCUUCUUUGGAGGCUUACAAGUCUGCUUCCGACGUCGCUGUCACUGAACUUCCUCCAACUCACCCUAUCAGACUUGGCUUGGCUCUUAACUUCUCAGUCUUUUACUAUGAAAUUCUUAACUCUCCUGACCGCGCUUGUCACCUCGCUAAGCAAGCCUUCGAUGACGCUAUCGCUGAAUUAGACACUCUCUCCGAGGAAAGCUACAAAGACAGCACAUUGAUUAUGCAACUCUUACGUGAUAACCUCACUUUAUGGACUUCGGACAUGCAAGAAUCUGAUUCAAAGCCAGAAGAGAAAUCUGAUGUUAAGCAAGAAGAUGAACCAGCUCAAGGUGAACAAGCCUAA